AUGGAAUUGCGCGGAGCCCGUAUAAGGGACCCCAAAUCCCUCUCCCGCGCAGACUCGAGCCGCACGCUGCUGGACGUAAUCCGCGACGACCCCCCCGCAAAAGACGGGCACAGGAGCUGGCGCCACUUCAAGGAGAAGCUCAAGCGCCGGGACGACAGCGGUGGCCGAGGCUCCGCGUGGACAUCCACCGUCCCCGUCCCGGCAUCCGACAUCCCCAUCCGGGCCUCCUCGCUGGGCCCGUCCUCGGCCCGAAUAAGCCCGAUCCACGACCAGACGGACCCGCCGCCCGACACGUCGGCCGCGGCCAGCGUGCGGAGGCUUCAAAGGGAGGAGAACAUGAACGAGGAUGAUGACGUUGAGGAGGAGGGGGAGCGGGCCCCGCCAGUUAGGAUGUCGCUGAUGUCAUUGCUGGCGGAGACGGACGAGAAGAUAGGGAUGGACGGGCUGGCUUACAUGAUGGAGGACGAGGAUGAGGAAGAGGACGAGGAAGAGGAGGAUGGGGGAGGAGAGUAUAAUUGUUGCUGCGUGUGCAUGGUGAGGCAUAGAGGGGCGGCGUUUAUGCCGUGCGGGCACUCAUUCUGCAGGCUGUGUUCGCGGGAGAUGUGGGUCGAGGAGCGGGGGAACAAGUGUCCCUUAUGCAAUAACUACAUAUUGGAGAUUCUUGAUUGGUGGUCCGGUGAUCACUUCCUCACUGAGUGGCGUCAAGUCAAUAUUACUUUGUUUACACUUUACACAAUUUUGUUCCUCAAAUUAUUUCAAAUCGAAAAUUUCUUGCGCCGCACCCCCGCUCCUCUGCACUUCAUCUUCAAGAAUUCAUCUCUUCACGAGAAAUCGAACACCUCAAGAGACCUCAGGCGACAUCACGAUCUCACGACUUCAGGCGACCUCACGACCUCACGUGACCUCACAACCUCAGGCGACCUCACGACCUCAGGGGACCUCACAACCUCAGGCGACCUCUCCGUCACACCGUCUCUUCUAACCGACGCGACCUCACCGUCACACCAUCUGCACGACCUCUACGUCACGCCGUCUUCACGACCUCAGAUAAUAAUUGGAAAUGGAGGUGGGAUAGCUCUUAGCUAUCCAGACGACUCAAAUUAUGAGAGAUGGGAUGUUCCUCCGGUUCUGGUCAAUUAUGUUUGUGGUACUGCUAUUCGUUGGGGAUCUCCUUGGCAUACAAAAACCGAUGAUGCAUAUAUUAGCACGAAAAGUUGCGCCGAUCAAGGACAGAGGUUUGGUGUUAGUUCAAUGGACAGAGGUUCUUAUUUUACCGCCGUAAAUCAGAAUUUUGUUUUUAAAGAGGAUAAAGCAGAUGGGUUUUUUCUCCACCGAAUCAGCUCACUAGAGAUGGAGACUUUGAAAAAAGCUGAAGAGAUUUUCGGGAUGGAUAAUAAAGACCUCUACAUAUCAUUUUAG